GUUUUAAAAUCCUCUGCAAGUCUGUAAAUCUGAAAAAGUCUACUUAAUGGUGGCAAGCAUGGAGGAGCAGUCAGUGGAUGAUGCUAAGAAUCCAGGACAGCAGGAGUCUGCCUAUGGUUCACUGGAAUCCAGCUCCCAAGGUCCAUCUCAGAAAAGUAGUUACAGUGGCAGCAAGAGUCUAACAGUGGGCCAGCCACAGAGUGGUUUUGGCGACAAUGUGAUUUUUUUGGGAAAUCUUAAAAAUAGAUUGAGAGAAAUCAAGCAUAAAGACCACAAAAGAAAAAAAUCAAAGGAAAAGACUGAUAAACUGCUUGUCAAGGAGAAGACUGAGAAGGUUGUCAAAGAGGAAGAGGAAGAUAAAGAGAGGGAGAAGACAAGAGCAGUGGAGCGUGAUCCCAGACUGAGCAGCGACACAGCCAGCAGUAUUGCAACAGGAGUUGAGGAGAGCAUCUCAACAUUCAACUAUCACAACAAUGACGGGGACGAUAAGGCUGAUCAACCAACCCUGGUGUAUACUCAGGCUCUUAAUUACAUUCGAAAGAUUAAGGAACACUCUGCAGAACAAGGAGUUUCCUUUGCUAGUCAAGAGCUUGUACAACUGCCACAAGACACUCAUCAUGUGGCUGCCUUCCUCAAGACCUUUAAGAGUGCUCAUGGUUUUACCGUUGCCAUCAGCGUUCAGGAUGGCACAGUGCUGCAGAUCUCGCCAUCAGUAACUGAUGUCCUGGGUUUCCCAAAAGACAUCCUUAUCGGGCAGUCCUUCAUUGACUUUGUCUACCCUAAGGAUUCAAUUAACUUAUCAUCCAAAAUCAUUCAUGGAUUAAGUAUGCCAUUCAGAAAUGAAUCACUCAAUGAUAAUUAUGGCACAUCAUUAUUUUGUCGGAUGCGUGUAUGUCACGAUCUGAAGACUUCUGGUGUUGGUGUUCACAAUAAACGCACCCAUUACAAGCCAUGCAAGAUUAUUCUGAAAUUUCAUGAUGCUUCACGUCUGGAUGAAACUACUCCAUCUAGUGGAACCAACUCAUCUCUUCUGCUGGCAGAAGUUAUUCCUAUAGAAAGUGUUUACACAGUACCUGAAGAGACACCAACGAUGGGGAGCUUCAGUAUCCGCCAUUCUGCAUCUUGCAACUUCUCUGAGUAUGACCCUGAGGCCAUUCCAUAUUUGGGUCAUCUGCCUCAGGACCUAGCAGGGAAUUCUGUGUUUGACUGCUAUCAUCCUCAGGACUUGCCUCUCCUCAAAUCUGUUUAUGAAGGAAUGGUGAGAGAACAGGGUAAACCCCACAGAAGUAAACCUUACAGAUUUCGAACCUACAAUGGAAGCUACGUUACCCUCCAGACGGAAUGGCUCUGUUUUGUUAAUCCAUGGACGAAGAGAAUUGACUCAAUCAUCGGUCAGCACCAAGUGCUGAAAGGUCCCAGUGAUAUAGCUAUAUUCUUAGAUCCUGAGGAUAAGACACAGUCAUCUCUGCCUGAAGAAGUCAUGAAGGAGGCACAACAAGCACAAAAUGAAAUAAUAGAAUUAUUAGCAAAGCCAGUUGCUACCUACAAGGACCCCAGCAAAGAGUCGGAGGUGAGGAGAAGCAUGCCAGUUCACAAGAUGAGCUCCACAAUGGAUGAGUUAGACACCAUGGAGAAAACCAGGAGCAGUCUUGUAGAGAAAGCUGCAGCACCACAGAGAUUGAGCAGCCAUCGCCCUGUACGUGUGCUCCUGGCACCCAGUCAACCCAAUUCUGUUCAAAAAGGUCAGGAAAGUGUCAAUUCCUCAUCCGAGUCACCUUCCAGUUAUGGUCAACUUAACUACUCGGAAACCAUUCAUAGGUUCUUCCGAAGUCACCCGAAGACUACUUCUUCUGAUGAAAAUGGUGACAGCAAGAUGGAGGUGUCACAUACAGAAAGUUUAGAUGGGAAGAGUAGCUACCAUCCUGCCUUUUCUUUGUGUGAUGGUUCAGGGAACCACAAGCAGUUGCAGACGCUUUCCCACUCACAGUCACAGUCCGGGUCCGGGUCGGGCGAUAACUGUGAUCAUACCAGAAAAUCAGAGAGCACUGGAAAUGGGAGCGGGAGUGGCGAGAACAGCAGGACCCCAAGCAUCGGUCACUCUUACUGCCAUACCCAGCUGACUGAAGAAGUGCUCUCUAAACACAAUGCUGACAUGCAGAAAAUCUUCAUGCAGCAGCAGCGAGCUGGAGACAAAUCUUGCAAGGAUAAGUACAAAAUAAAGUCAUUGAGAAAACCAUUGAAGAGACACAGUGAUCAAAGUGGAGGCAUUAAGCGAUCAGGUGGUAUUCUAGAUCACGAAGCAAGUGUACACAAGCAACCUUACCUUGCACCAUCUGCAGCGGACACAACGUCUUCCUUCAAGCCUCCACCAAAUGUGUGGAUGCAGCCAGAUAAUAACCUUCACAUUCCAAACUCUGGUCCGAGUGGAGCAGGUGCAGGACACAGCAGUGGCCAGGGAGGCAGCAGUUUACCUUCUCCUUCAUAUCCAGGCAUUGUGCCAGGAUUUUACUUCCCAACAAGUGCAUUUACUGUGAACCCUCUGCCUCCUGUUGAUCCUCUGAACAUAACUCGAGUGCCUGGACCCACACUUGUCAUGCCCACACAACAGUCAACUUUUAUACAGCCUCAAGGUGUGGCCAUCCCUCUGCAGUACAUGGGUGAUCUUCCUGGUGUGAUGUACCAGACUGUGGCAUCACCUCUCUUCAGUGCUGCUCCACUUGUGCUGCCUAACAUAGUUUACCAACAUACGGCCUUCCACUCACCUCUAGCACACAUACCAGGCAUACCUACAGAGGCAGACAAGCCUUCACCAGUCCACACAGACCAGUCACCAAAGAACUCAAGUACUAAAUGUUCUGCUACUCACUUGCGGCGCCCCGACUCCCAGGCUACAUCAGUUAAAGCAGAGCCAGGCUCAGCAAGGGGCAGCACUGCCUCAGCCUCGGGCAAGAUUAUCUGCUCUCACUCACACGUUGCUGAAAGUUUACGCUCCUAUGUAGAAGAUACGCCACUACCGUCUCCAGGUUGUGUGCCCAAGGAUUCUCAGAUGAAGUGUGACUCAUCACAAGUAUCGCAGUUCUCACAGUCAACUAGCGUCCUGGCAGAAGCUGAAAGUAUAGGUUCACCUGGGAAGCAAGACAAGAUGGUAGUUGAGGACUGUGAGCCACUUCAUGAAAACUCCAGUGACAAGGUGUCGUCUGCUACCAGUUCCUUAUCCUCUCUCAGAGAAUACAAAUCCACCGAUGAAAGUAUGCAAAAUAUAUCAGAAAAUUCGGAAAACAGUGAGAUUUCAUCGUGUGGAAUAAAAUGGAACGUACCGCGGUCCAAGUGUCAGCCUCCUGUCUUGAAUGACCCACCCUGGAUGGACGAUGUCAAGGUUACCCCGCAGCUGUUUUACAGGUACCAGAUGGAGACCAAGGAGCUAGUUGAUGUUCUUAGGCAAGAUAUGGACAUGCUCAAAAGAACACAGCAGCCUGCAUGGGUCGAUGACCAGUUGUCUUCACUCUACAACGAGCUGGAGCUGGAGGGCUCUUCUAUGGAUCUUCACUUGGAUGAAGGUAUCACCUCAUCAUCAUCAUCUGGGGAAGAUCAAGCUGGCACCUCAACACUGACUUCCCCAAGAAAAAAGAAGUCAAGCAUGUAUUUCAGCAAGAUGGCUAUGGUUCAUGAAGAAGAAGCACCACUGCCGCCUGCCAGUGUGUGGAACACGAGACAGCAGCAGCAAGCACAAGAAUCCUCCAGCUCUUCAUCAUAAUAGUGCUCUUAGUCUUGCUUCAUCAUAUCACUAAACCUAAGCUAAUAAGGCCAAAUAAGUGGUAUCCACAUUGGACUCCUUGAGCAAAUUAGGUUGAUAUUCAUGUUUUUGUAAAAACUAUGAUAAAACAUUACAUCUCUUGUCAUAAGAUUUUUGAUACACUUUAAUUAUGUAACAUUACUCUGAAAAUCCUUACUUUAAAAAUAGACACUAAGUACAAACUUAAUAUUGCACUCCCUAGUCUAAGAUAGUCCUAAGUAUGUAUUUAAUAAGAGAACCAAAACAAGGAGAAUUUAUAUGAAACUGAGUUAAGGUAUGGUAGCAGUAACUGAGGGGCUGAUUACCUCAUCUCCUACCAUCUCCAGCUUCAAGACCUUCACUUACUUCUAUAUUAAACUGAUAUAGCCACUGCUUGGCAAAACAUCAUGAGAAGAUAGAUACCCAGGUGUUACACACAUCUCUUAUUCAUCAUUAAGGUCAUCUUGCUGCAUCUGUUUUACUGUUUUCUCUAAAUGACAUACCAUCUGACAUUAUUACACUAUUCUUAAGUUUUUUAUCUGUUUCUUUUGUUCUGUGAGAUGGUCUGUUCUGUAUUCUUUGCUCAUUUCAAGUUCUUCAUGCUUCCUGUAUGUAAUGUAAGCAACUGAAAUUUGUAACCAUUCAAUAUGUUAUUUUCAUUUAUCCAUUGGAAGAUAUGGAUAAUAUCUGAUGGCAGUCCUUCUGCAUCUCCUACUGAGGCAGCUUACAUACAAGUUAACAAAUAAGACAUUUGUGCACACACUUCAGUAUCUGUAUGGCUGAAACAUUUCACUUCCUCAACAAACUUUUUCAGUCAAAUAUAACUGAACAUAGCACUGCAGACAAAAGUUAUUUUGAGGGGGGGAGUCAGUCACUUAGCCUCAAGCACUUGUGCUGGCCCUGUAUUUAACUGAAGAAACCUGAUAUGGAGGCAGAAUGUUUCGAUAACAAAUCUAUCCAAAUGUUGCAUAUGUGUCUUAUUCAUCUUCCUGAGCACUGUAUGAAUCAUGCAGGUUCAGUACUUUCCCAUGACUAUAAUAAAAAAAUUGUAUAUAAUUGCAGUAGCUGCUAUUAUUUUAGCAUGUUUUGCAGCAUGAUUCAAAAUAUUAACCAGUGUUCAAAUGAUUAUUUCAUUGUAGCCCUGGUCAAUAAUCCAUCACACAAAUUGCAGCUACUAAAUUUUUUAAGUUUUUGUAACAUAAGCCAUCUUGAAUUUUAACAUGAUCAGUGAACUGAAACCUGAAACUAUUACUAGCAGUGGUGAGUGCAGUUUUUCAAAAAGGAUGAUUCAACAAGGGAGGACAAGUCAUAUGAACUGGCAUAAAUUUUAUAAGAAUUAUCCUCAUUCUGUUAACUUGGUCCUAGAGAAGGGGUCAAAUUUAAGGUUUUAUUAUAGGUCUAUUUUUAAAGGGUAGAUAUUGAGUGUGAUUUGAAUAUCAUACUCGACACAUACACACACAACCUAUAAGUAUAUAUUGGGCAAAAACUAAAGGUUCAAACUAGGAGUUAGUAAAAUUUCAUUGUUAUUAGGAUUAAGACUUGUGAUGUUAUAUGUUUAGCCCGGACUGAUGUCAUUUUGUUUUGUAUGAACAGACAUCUUUUAUUUUCUCUGUACAGUAUAGGGUAGCAUCUUUAUCAGCUCAAGUUUACACCAGCUAUGACAUCCCAGUGUUUGUUAUGGUACUAGUCACAUUUUUAUAUCCACUGCAUUUGUCUCAUGUAUGUCAACAUUUUGUACCAUAGUUAGAUUUAAAAAAAAAAAUCACAAAUCAUAUUCUGUAUAGAAGUGAAAUUUUUAAAUGCAAAAAUGCCAUUCCCAGUUACUAGUUUCCCUAGUUCUGAUUUUCACCAUGAGUGUCUAAGAUAUUCCUAACAUUGUUCACUAGUCUGGGUCCUUGGAGGUGGGAUACCAUGAUCAGUAUAUUGUAUCACAUGAGAUUUAUUAUAAACUCCAGCAAUUAUUAUCUAGUUAUUUAUUUGAAAAUGAAAAUGAGAAUGUUUAUUUCCUUGCAAAGUUUACAGUGUGUGGUUUAAAUAUAAAAUAUUAAUUACAAAGAAGGCCACUAGCAUGCCUAGGCAUUUCAGUUAGUUUAAUAUGUUUAUUAUGCACCCCAUACCCAUCCUGUGGGCGGUAGUCAAAAGAUUACAGAGGUACAUAAUUGGUACAGGCAUUUCAGGUAGACUAAUCCUAAUUCUUACUCUGUAUUGACGUAAGUUAUAAAGCAGUACAUUUUAAUAUACAUUAUUGCAUAUUGAUAUAAAAGUUUAGAGCUUUAAUGUUGAGAAGAUUAUAACUGAAAUUUAUAGGUACUGUAUUAUACUUGACUAAUGUUGUUGAAUUUCAAGACAAUAAGAAAUUAAGUAAAAAUAAUAAAAACCUCAGUGUAGCUUCAGCUCUUACAGUUGGCUAAGUAAAAUACGCUGUGAACAUAAAUAUAUGUACAGUACAUUAUUGAGUUAUACCUAGAGUAACCCAAUCAAUAAAGUUACACAAUGUAACUUAUUUGCACUGCAGUUCUUAAGUACUUUGUGCAAGUUGUUUGAUAUAAAUGAGAUUGUACUAAUGUGGCAAUGUUUUCAUGGAUAGUCCUCUGAAGUGCACACACAAGAGAAUAACAUCAACAAUAUAGGCUAAGUUUACCAGAGUGGUAUUCAAUAACCUAGACAGUGAAUCAUUCCAAACUCUUUUUAGCUUGUAUGUGCAAUUUUUUCUUGAUUGUGGGGUGUCAUUGCAGAACCCUCGUAUAGUAAAACAGAAAUUUCAAAGGAGUGCAUGAAGACUGCUACCUGAGAAGAAGGAAAUGAACUAUGAAAGAAUGUAAGAACUAGGACUAAUGUAACUUCUUAAAGACCAACAAGAGGGUUAGGACCACAACUAGGCAUGGGACAAUACCAAAU